AUGGAUAAUAAUAUUAAGGAGCUAAUUAAAAGGGAAAAAGAGCGAAGGAAAUUAUUAAGAGACCAAAAGAAAAAAAGUGAACAAAAUACUGAGAAAGACCAAAAUGAUUUUUCUUUAAAAAUUAAAAAUAACAAUGAAGAGAAUGAAGAAUACGAAAAAAAUAACAACAGCAUACAGGAAUACAAAGAUAAUAAUAUUGUAAGUGUAAUAAAAAAUAAGGAUAAUGUUACACUCAAAAAGGGUGGCUCAAAUUCAAAUAUAAAAAGAGUACAUUUUGAAGAGCCAGCAACACCGUUAAAUAGGAUUAAUAAAGAUAAUAAUUUACAAAAUGCAUUUAUGGAUUAUUUUGAUGAAGAUGAUGAAGAAGAUGAUAUACAAGAUAAAAGUUCCCCUUCUACUACAAACAAUUUAAAGGUUAAUAGCCAAAAUAAUAAUAAAGGCAUUCCAAAGAAUUUCUUUGAUAUUCCAGUUUCCACAAAUGCUGGGAAUAGUUCCUUUGCUCAAGGAAAAGAAAAAAAUUUUAAUGGUGAAUUAUCAGACGAUGAUGAAACAUAUAAUGAUACACACAAGGGCACAACUAGCGAGCAAAGGAUAUAUGAAAAUAAUAGAUAUGGUAUAGGAGGUUUGUUACCCUCCAAUGAAAAAGAAGAAAAUGUGGAAGUGAUAGAAACAUAUGAAAUAAUUGAUCAACCUGUUGAUAAAAUAGACAUUGAAUGGGGAGAAGAUUUUCGAAAAAAAAUUCAAAAAAAGAGAAAAGGAAUAAGCAUUUACGAAGAUUAUGAAAAUGAAGAUGAUGAGGAAAAUGAAUUAAAUGAAGAGAAUCAUAAGAAUAAACAAAUUGACAGUGAAGAAAAAAAUGAUGAAAAUGGAAACGGUUUAAUGAACUUGUUUAAUACCGAAAUAUAUGAUAGUGAACACUUCAAAAUGUUAGACACAGCAUAUUACGAAGAGUUGGAAUACCUACAUAAAUUGCUGAUAGAAAAAAAAAAAAAUAUAUUAGGUGAUUUACAUGAGGAAGAGCAUGACCAAAAUGAAGAGAAAGAUAACGCGAUAUUAGAUGAGUUAGAUGAGUUCCAUAAAAAACAAAAUAAAAUAAAAAAUAAUAAUAACGAUACAUAUGAAAACUUUAAUAUUGAUGAAAUUUACGAAUUAUUGAAUAUAAAAAAAAAUAGUCAAUAUGGUUUUGGAACCAUUGGAACAAAUAUACAAAACAAUAAUAACGACAAAGAGUUACAUAAUAAAGAUAAGAAUAAAAAAAAUAAUAUUCCUAAAGGAUUUUUUGAUGAUAGGGAAAAAGAUAUUCUUGUUAGAGAAAAUGUUUCUUUAUCCAAAAUAAAUAAAAAGAUAGAAGAAAUUAAAAAACGAAAAAAAUUAUUUUUGAAGGAAUACAAAAAUACCGAAAAUUUAUUUGAAGAAAAAAAAAACACUUAUAUUGAUUAUCUAUAUGGCGAUAAAUUUGAUAAUAAAGAAAAUAUUCUUAAUGAAAUUAAAACCCAAACAAAUAAUUUAUAUAAUAAAAAAAAUGAAUUUAAAACAAAAGACGAAAAAAAAAAAAAAAAACAAAAACAAAAAGAAACAGAUAAUAAAGAUGAUGAGCUUUAUGAUUUUGAGAAUGAUCUUUUCGAUUGGAGAACAAAAAAUAUAUUCUCAUCACGAAAUAGCCAAAAAAAUUAA